UAUGUAUUAGGUUGGAAACUAUGAAACAGGCGUUUUUUGUUUAAUCUGUGUUCAGCUGCGACUGAGACAGAUACAUUGUAACGUGCGCUCGAUAUUUUAAUUUAUAAAGCUUAAAGAUGGAAACAAAACGCGAUUUACAUCUACUCUUCUCAUACGAGUUUAAAUUAGAUCAUACCACAGCUCAAACUUCAAGAAAUAUUAAUCAGGCAUUCAGAGAUGGAUCCACCAAUAAAAAAAAUGCUCGAUAUUGGUUCCAAAAAUUUCGUUUUGACAAUUUGAUUAUCGUCAAUGAGUCUCGAGGAAGACCACCGACCCAUAUUAAUAACGAGGAAUUAAGGACGACUAUGGAAUCCAAUCCAUACACAACUAGUCGAACACUUGGGUCUAAACUAGGAACUAGUCAUACAGCUGUGAUAAAACAUUUGCGUGCGAUAAAUAAAGUCAAAAAAUUGGACUCAUAUGUGCCGCACGAAUUGACGCAAUUGCAGAUGAUCGACCGCAAAAGCAAGUGCGCAUCUUUAUUGCUUCGCAAUACACGAUUGCCAUUUUUACACCAAAUUAUCACUUGUGAUGAAAAGUGUACUUUGUAUGAUAAUCGAAAACGAUCAAACCAAUGGGUAGAUAAGAAUACACCCACAGGACACACCCCGAAACCGAAAUUUCACCAAAAAAAAAUUAUGAUCAACAUAUGGUGGAAUGCCCAAGGAGUGAUCCAUUAUUCCUUUCUACAACUAGGCGAAACUAUAACAGCGAUGUCUUAUUGUCGUGAAAUUGAUGUCAUGCAUGAGAAACUUAUGAAAAAAUAACCAGCAUUGCUCAAUCGGCACUGCAAUAUUACUGCAUGAUAACUCACAACAUAAAGCUUCAAUUACUGUUGACAAAUUAACUUCUUUAUAAUAUGAAAUUUUACCAUAUCCUCCAUAUUCACCCGAUAUUUCACCGACCGAUUAUUACCUUUUUCGAAAUUAUGAAUUAUUUUUAAAAGAAAAAAAAUACAAUAACCAAAAUGAUAUUAUAAAAGACUUUGAAUUAUUUAUUAACUUUAAAAAUAAAGAUUUUUUUCAAAAAGGCAUAUAUGAUUUGCCCAAUCGUUGGCAAAAAGUCGUAGAUGCCAAUGGAAAUUAUUUCAAUUGAAUAUAAUAAAUAAUGUGAAAAAUUG